CCUCUGUUCAUUACCUAUACGAGUGGAAGCACAGGAAGACCAAAGGGCAUCGUCCACGCGCAUGGAUAUCUGGCGGGUGUGAUGAUGACGAUGCAAUGCAGCUUCGAACCUAUUCCAGGGACCGACAUCAUUUUUGUGCUUGCUUCACUUGAGUGGAUCACUGGUCAGUCGUACAUGGUGGCAGGAAGCCUUUCAAGUCGUGUCACAAGUCUGAUUACCAGGUCAAACCCGGUCUCGCCGUAUGUGGCACAUUUUGCUGCGAUGAUCGAUCAAUAUGGCGCAUCCAUUCUGAAAGGAGGUGUUUCAUAUCUUAAACUUUUGAUGUCAAAGGAGCUAGGAGCUACGGAAUUACGUAAAUUCGACAAGUCGACCCUCAAGGUGGCAAGUUUCUGCGCCGAACCUUGUUCUCCUGCAGUUUAG